CACCCACACCUGGAACAAAGAGGCAAGAGAAAGCAGUCUUUGAGAGACAGGACUGGGGGCCACCCGGGACUGGCCAAGAAUUGUUGAGAGUGAAAUGUUCCCAGCCAUUAAGAGACUACCCUAUCAAACACAGUUGCUCUGUCCCCUGCAAAGACCUACUCCAUAGACCUUGGCGCAGGAACUGGCACGCUGCCUUGUUUUAGUUACAGCCAGCAGUGCUCACGUACUGCGCAUAUUUUCUUUAUGUGUGUAUUAAUAAGGUUUUGCGUGUUCUAAAAGAGAGACCUCAAAUUUCUCAUCAUGCUUGUUCUGUAUUUCACGUGAGCCCCGAGUUCUGGAGGAACCGAAAGAGUGGACUCCGUACACGUGAGGUAGUUGGCCAUGGUGUUGGCCAUGGCAUCUCAGGAUGCCCAGAACCUCUUUCAGCCUUUGUCUUCCUGGCUCUCCCGGGUUUAUGAAGCUCUCCAGCAAGCAGGCGAUGCACUGUCGGCGUCGCUGGUUCUUCUAAGCAAACAGGAUUCGGCGUUGAGUGACAAGCCAGACCAGGACUUGGAGGAUACUAAGUUUCAAGAAACCUACUUUGAAGAUGGAGAGCAGGGCAGUGAUAGGAAUUCAGAGGAGGCAAACUCCCUGUUUCUUGAAGAGGACCAUUUCUCACGCUCUAAUAGUGACGUUCAGGACUCUGGCAGUACGGCAAGUCCCAGACUUGAUCAGCAAGCCAAAGACUCAUGCUCUACCACACACCAGUGGCCCGAUCCGAUCCCAGCUGGCCUGAAGUCCCUGCACACGCUUUCUUCUAUUGCAGAGGAAGAACGUGACUUUGAGAGGCAGAGAUGUGGCCUCCAGCUUGGCUUUGACACCCAGCUCCCUGGCUCUUUAGGAAAAGUCGAUGGAGAAAGGCAAGCUAACAGCUUUGGGGAUGACGAGGAGCCGUCCACAUCUUCUGAGAGUGACGAAGAUGUGACCAAGCAGUUUGAGAUCUCUGUGUCCCGAUCCCAGAGUUUUCGUACAGGAGCACCUGAAAAGGGAAAGACCACAGAGUUGGAGCCAAAAACAAAAUGCAACCAUUUGCUGUCCGUGCACCGACAAGACAGUGCUGAAGUGUCUGCUAGUGAAGAUUUGGAUGGAACCAGCCAACUCAGUUAUUCUGAGAUUCUGUCUUACGAAGAUCAGCCCAUCACUACCCUCUCACAGUCUCCCUGUGAGAGCAGAGACAGCAGACACCAUGGUCCUUGUCAUCAAGAGACUGGCGUGGUCCGAAGCCUCAGUCGUCCUUGUGUGGAGAGCAUCCUGGAGGCGGAGACCGUGUUUACUAAUCGGGGCUUUGAAGAUUCCUAUGCCACUCACAGCUCCUCUGUGUGGAGUUCAGAGCAGCAGGAUGGGACCAGCCUGCAGGUGCCACCCAAGCUCUUGGAGCCUAUCUCAAAAUGCGGUUACCUAGAUAUCGUCUUUGAAUAUAGAGCCGUAACCCAGAAGCUCACCGUGACCAUUGUGAGAGCACAGGGCCUUCCAGAUAAGGACCGGAGUGGUGUCAACUCCUGGCAAGUCCAUGUAGUGCUCCUGCCCAGUAAGAAACAGAGGGGCAAGACUAACAUCCAGAGAGGGCCCAAUCCCGUCUUCAAAGAGAAGGUCACCUUCGCCAAGCUGGAGCCCAGGGAUGUGGCUGCCUGUGCCGUCCGAUUCCGCCUCUAUGCUGCCCGUAAGAUGACCCGAGAGAGGAUGAUGGGAGAGAAGCUGUUCUGUCUCAGCCACUUGCACCCAGAAGGGGAAAUGAAAGUGACUCUGGUUCUGGAGCCAAGAAGUAAUAUAAGUAGUGGAGAGUCUCCGCUUAGCCCAUCUGUGGUGUCUCACAGUGACAGUGCUUCAUCCACACAGUCCCUGUCUCAUGGAGGGGUGCCAGAGCUGUUGGUGGGACUGUCCUACAAUGCCACAACAGGGCGAUUAUCUGUGGAAAUGAUCAAAGGCAGCCAUUUCCGCAACCUCGCUGCUAACCGAGCUCCUGAUACAUACGGAAAACUCUUCCUCCUCAACUGCGUGGGUCAAGAGAUGUCCCGAUGCAAGACGUCCAUUCGACGCGGCCAACCCAACCCUGUCUACAAAGAGACCUUUGUCUUCCAGGUGGCCCUCUUCCAGCUCUCUGAUGUUACCUUGAUGAUUGCUGUUUACAGCAGGCGCACUAUGAAGCGGAAAGAGAUGAUUGGCUGGCUUGCUCUGGGCCAGAACAGCAGUGGGGAAGAGGAGCAGGAGCACUGGGAGGAAAUGAAGGAAAGCAAAGGCCAGCAGAUAUGCAGGUGGCAUACACUGCUGGAAUCCUAGGCUUACCAAGGGGCUUUUGUGUGGUUUACCGGCCUUGAUCAUCUGACACCAAGUCAGAGCAUUGUGUGUGUGGGGGGGGGGGCUUUCAAAUUGAGAAUUUUACUAAUCUUAGGGCAUUCUGUGGUUUAGAACUUCAUCAAAGGUUUGAUUUUCAUUUAAACGUUGUAAUGAAGGGAAAGCUACUUGCAGGGCCAAGUGCACAGGUUGGGAAACAGUUACUCUAGUUGAGACCACUGGUGAUGUCAGUCAUAAUUUGUGCUAAUGGAUGGUUGUGUUUUGGUUCGCACUAUGGGAUGCAGCUUCUCCUGCUUUCUCUUUUGGGUUGGAGAAUAGACUGAAGUUUCAAAGGAGCUGGAACACUACUGCUUUCCAUCACUGAGGUGUAUGAAUCAGACUCUUCUCGGUGUUCACAUUU